AUGUCAUGCAAAGAUAAAAUUCUGAUUUCAGUAAGUCCAGAAACCAGACUCGCUAGUGUGCCUGAAUUUCAUGCAGAUGAAGCCACCAUGCACAUGAGCGACUCCCCUCUGCCUCGCCGGCCGGCUGCGCUGCCGCCCCGCCCAUCUCGCCUCCAGCGCGCGUCGCUCGCCACUGAGGGCCCGCCAUGCGCUCACGCCCCCACCGCGACGCCGCCACCGCCACCUCCACCUCCAGCUCCGCUCCCGCUCCUGAUUCCGCAGGCGCCGCCCUCGCCAACGCCGUCAGCUGAGAGCUCAAGCAGGCGCCGCCUCCACUCCCGUCCUCGUCCACGUCCUCUUCCGCCUCCGCCCUCAUCUCUGUUGAUCCGCUUCCUGUGCCUUUCCCCCACCGUCGGCGCAGGCCGCCUCAGCUCCAGCGCCCCUCCAGUCCCGCCCACCCUGCGGCUCGCGUCCCUCCGCCCCGCCUUGCGACGCGGCGAGUCUCCGCCUCCGCCUGCGCCGCCCCCGUCCCCGCCGUCGGCGAGUGAGCCGCCCCGGGGGAUGGACGCCUUCGCCUCCGUCUCCGCCCUCGCCUCCGCACCCGAUCGCGUGGACCCAGUCACCGCCGCCACUGCCGCCACCAUCGCCGCCGAUGUCUACUCUGCUGUCGGCGUUACAGCGCUGGCAGUCCUCGCUUGCUAGUGCGCCUUGUUAGACGGACGAUGGGCUCCCUUCGCCAGCUUUUGU